GUUGAGCCGUCCACAACGCCAUUUGUUUCGCGAUUGCAUACCCGUCGCCGGCGUGAUGGUUCACGGGGAAAUAUGGAAGCAUAUUUCACAUGUCUAUUCUAUUAUGUCUGAUAAUUCCUCAAAUAUCUACCCAAAUAUUCUUACCAGAAUAUCACAACGCCGCGAUGUCGCCAUGUCUAUCUCUCCCACAGACCAAACAAAGCCCAUCAUCUCAACCGAAACGCCAUAAUGCAAUUUCCAACGUCAUGUUUAUCCAACCCAUAUCUAGCUAUCCAACCCAUGUCCACCUCUUCACACCCAAACCUCCCCAACCCCUUUAACCCCCGGACACAUCCCACCCUUCCCCUCACCUCUAACCUUCCUCUUCCUCUCCCUCCUACUCCCACCUCCCCUCUUAGCAACCCUUUUCCCCUCCAUCACUUCACCUCAAACCCGUCAGCCUCUCAUCCUCUCCUUCUUUCUCCUCGUCGAGGUAGAUAACUUACAAGUCUGCUGACUAACCCCAAACAUAUGCCCCUUCUGCCCACACCUCUUGCACGUAUUUCCCCCACAGUGCCCACACGUCCCUACUUUCCCUCCCUUUUUCACGUCCAGCUUCGGGUUAAUGAAUCUUUUGCAUUGGGGGUUGUGGCAGUACAACCUCUGGUAGGCAGGAAUGGAGUUUUCGGUGAGUUUGUCGGCGUAGGCCAUGAAUUGGAGGUAGGUUACUGAUUGUCGGAGGAUGGAUUUCGGGAUCGGGGUUGAGACAGAGCAAGGACAGGCUGCUGGGACGAAGGGUUUGGAGAUGAGGGAGGUGAUGAGGGUUUGCCUCGUGCAGGUGGGACAGAGGAGAUGGGUGCAUUGGAGGGGGUGUUGGUGGUUGGGUGAGAUUAGAGAGCCGCAGUUGUUGCAUGGGAGGGGGGUUUUGAGGCCGGGUUGUCUGGGCAGCAAGUGGCGGGUUUUUCCUGGGAGAGGUUUCGAUGGGGUUCCUGCUAGGGAUGGUGCUGAGGAGGGGGCUGUGAAGGGGGUGCCAGGGGUGUCGUCCCAGAAGCGGGAGGCUUCUUGGGUUAGCUGAGUGUCUGGAGUCUCGGGGGAGUCUUCGUAGUCGAAGAUUAGGUCGUCGACGUGGUGUGGAUAGCGGUAUCCUGAUUUUGAGGGGGUGAAGGGAGCUUCGGAUGGUGUUGUGAGUACUGUUGAGGCUGUGUCUGACAAGUCUUCUCCCCAAAACCUCGAGGCUUCUUGGGUAAGCUGGGAGGUGGGACUUUCUGGCCCGUCUUCUGUUGUCGGGGUCGCAGGCGUUUCUUCAACUUCUGGAGAUGUUGUGACAUCCAUGAAGGAUCCAAAAUCAUGAGCUUUCGGGACAUUGAGCGCAAGCCCAGUGUCUGGGGGUGUGAGUAGUGGUUGCUGGAGGAGAGCCCCCCGCAGUUUGGGGGUGGCCAUAGGCUGCAAAUCCGGGGCAGGACUCGACUCAGGGGUAUCAGGAGGCGUGCCCAUGGAUGGCAGAGAGAAUGAAAUAUCGAGAAAGAAGAGAUCUCUUUUUAUAAAGGACAACGCUACAAGGGACUACUAAUCUAACGUGUUCCAGGUGACUCUUCACGCGCCUACUUGAGCAUUUCUCGCAUCACAUAUGUAUUAUCCUCAUUGGACAAUCACGGUCCUCUUCCAAGGCGGCCUGCUUUGGCUCCAUUUUCCACGUCGUCGUUGACGCCCAAGAUGGUGGGUCAGCCCUAAAAGGUGGCAGCGUAUGAGUGGUGGUUGACUGUCAGGGGUACGAUUGGUCGCACACCGAACGCUCACCUUACACGGCGAGGACUUGAGAGCUUCAACACCUCGGGCUAUGCGGAAGGCUGGCUAUCUUUCUGCAAGAAGAGGGGACUUGUCGAAGUCUUGUUUCUGGAACACUACAUUGUUUCUGGACAACGUGCGCUCAGCUAUUGCCCUAUCAAAGAGGGACAGCUUUGUGUGCUCAGCCUCUGAGCCUGCAUGUGGGAUCGGGGCGGAGCACAUCCAUCCCGGCUGGGCAUAGAUAGACCUUUGACAACUCUCACCUUCUGAUGCUCUCGCACCUCCGACAUUUACAACCACAACUACCCGCUCAUUCUUUUCAAGAUGUCGGCUACUAAGAGAAAGCCAAUACGAGUUCCAAGAACACUCCAUCACAAACCCGGUUUAAGACACGCACCGCUCUACGGGUCUCUUGCGGGGCAGGGAAGCACCAACUUCCGGCUCAUGCGAUUACACCCCGGGAUUCUGGAUCAAGCAAUCACCUGUAGCCUGGAAGAACUUCCUCUUAACAACGCACCACCGUACAAAGCACUUUCAUAUGCCUGGGACAAUACUCUUGGCAGUUCAAAUUCGGGAUCAUCGCCAUCAACAAUGUGGAUAAGAUGCAACAAUGUGCCCAUACCCGUCAGUCCUAACCUAUACGCUGCCCUCCAGAGAUUGCGAAGUAAAGACAGGGUAGUAAAUCUCUGGGUGGAUGCUGUCUGUAUAAAUCAACAUGAUCCCGACGAAAGAGGCCACCAAGUGGGCAUAAUGCGGCGAAUAUACCAACAGGCUGAAGAAGUGGCGAUCUGGCUUGGGAGCAAACGGGACGAUGACGAUUUGGCAGAGGACUUCAUGUUUUCCUUAGGCCUGACAUCGCUUGACUGGACGGAUAACGAAGAGACCAAUCGAUUAUUCUGGCUAGAAUUUCUCCGCCGAUCUGAUUGCAAACGACAAUACAUAUUCGGUGGCUUUUGUGUUUUAUGGCUACUAUCGCUUGGAAUACCGGCUUCAGUUACUCCGCAUAUCAGCUCCCCUUUUGGGCAGUCUUCCUGUAUUUUGAAUGGUAUCCAGGCGAUAAUGGAUCAAGCAUGGGUACAACUCCACUGUUCAGUUACGAGAAGGAUUAUUUGAGCUAACUCUGUGCUGGCAGUGGCAAAGAUCAUGGGUUCUUCAAGAGACAGUGGUGGCAGCCAAGGCUACCUGCUACUAUGCCAGUCUAUCAUGUCCAUGGGACAUGAUCACGAAAGCAGCGGCGUCAUAUAUGAACGGCCAGCUUUCUACAAACAUCGACUCGGCCUACGGAUACGUAUCAUUCUUGGCACAAUUUGCACGGCAAGUAAGAGAUAUCGAGAUCAUCCGACAGGAUUGGCGAAACCCAUCAAAGCUCGUUUCACUGCUUCCUCUGCUCCGACAGUUCAGGAUACGGAAUGCAACAGACCCCAGAGAUAAGGUGUAUGCACUCAUCGGCAUGGUCCAGUAUUGGGGUGGCCAGCACAAGAUUGCUCCCGACUACAACCUUGACGUGACAAAUGUUUACUGGCAGGUGUCUAUCACAGUCAUCAAAAACAUGCAGUCGCUUGAGGUUCUGUGUGGCACACCAAACGCCACAAGUGAUGGCGACCCACGGCUCACCCAUCCAGGGCAUCCCUCCUGGGUGAUAGACUGGAGUUACAGACCAAGUGCCACCGAAAACAUCCGCCUUGAAACACAAGGAUUCUAUGAUGCCUCAAGCCGCCUGCCCCCCGGCCAGGUUCGUCUUCACGGCCGGCUCCUAUUAGAGGUAGAAGGAGUUGAGCUCGAUCGGAUCCACUGGGUCUGCGACGAAGUAGUCAACUCCCAUCACGGCAGAGACGGUGGCGCCAGACGAUGGCGAGAGGUCGUGAAGAGUUGGGAAGAGCUAGUCGCCGAGGUCCUAGGAGACGACAAUCGACCAUAUGCUGGUGGAGGAACCGUUGGCAAUGCCUUUUGGCGCACUAUCUGCGGUAACAUUGAAUACACCCACGCUGGAAUAUCCCUCGCUGGGGACGAUGUGUCGUCAGCAUACGCCAAAUGGCGAAGCGUCGACUUUCAUCAUAGAAGAACGACAUCAAUCGUUGGUGAUCACCUGCAGGAACCGGUCUUCAAUGCCAAGUAUGGGAUGACUGAGAAGGAGUUGGAGUCUGAAAAGAGGAACGCAUUCCACUACGCCGUCAGGUUUGCGUGCAGUGAUAGGAAGUUCUUUAUCACGGAUAAGGGUUACAUCGGGACUGGCCCUCGCGGCGUAAGCAGUGGUGAUAGGGUUUCUGUUGUGUCGGGGAGCCGGGUACCGCUGAUAUUGCGACCUUCAACACAAGAGGUAGGGUGCAACCAUAGAGUGGUUGAGACGUUGAUCAAGCGGCCCGAAGACCGAGUGUUCUACCAGGCUGGUGAAGAAGCCAAACAGAUGAUGAGACAAGGAGAUAGCGUCUGCAACGAGUUGCAUCGGGGACUGUAUAAUUUGAUAGGGGAUGCUUAUGUUCAUGGGGCUAUGGAUGGGGUAGGUUUGCCUGCGGAUGGGUCUUUUCUUGCUCCAGUGUUUCUUCGGUGACGUUAGAUAGAACCCAAUUCAAUACCAAGCUUUUUUAAUUUG